GUCCAACAAUGGCAGGAGGCGCUCUGGGGGGAUUAUUCGGCGGGUGUCUCCUCCUCCCAGCCGACGAAGGUCGCACGCGAGGCCAACCGCCUUGCCGCUCAGCAGGCGAUCCGGCAAGUCUUCGCCCGCGCCGACUUCCGUAACUUCGCCCCAGACGCGGCUCAUUCAUACGGCGCCCGCGUUGUUACUCUCGACGACGUGGCGCGUGACCAAGAUCUCAUCCGCUCGCUCGUCUGGGAGGCGCACGAGAUGAACUGGCGGUGCGAGGUCCUCGCUCUGGAUGCCGAACUAGCUGGGUCGCGCAGGUGGUCCGACUUGGACCAAUGGGCGCGCGAGUCCCUCGUUUCCGAAUUCUGGGGGAGUGCGUCCUCCGGGAUGGACAUAUGCCCUUUGGGUGACGUUGAUCGCUCGUCAUCCUGCUGGGUCCGGCCUCCGGACGCGAGGUGGGAGAGUGGGAGACCUCGUCUGCGCGCGUUGCUCGAGCUGCAACGUCGAUGGCCUGGUCGUCCUGCCAGUCUCUUUGGAGCCGCGAGUGAGGUCGAUGAAUGCGAUGUGUUCUGA